AUGGCUGGCACAUCACAUGAAGGAAAGACUUCGGAACGGAUCAAAGCAUUCUCCGCCAUGGUCAAAGACAGCAAAGCGACUACUGACACGGCACAGGCAUUAGCUGCCCAUGUCGAAAAGGAGGAGCAGGAGCAAAUCAAUGUGACAAGGGAACGAGAGAAAUGGCGAAGGUGGUGGCAGCAGUCUCUCUGCGCUGAGUUCGAGACCAAGGACGAUGAUUCCUUGUUAAGACAAUGCCAAGAGGUGACAGGUGUCUGGAAGGAGUUCUGCAAGAAUUCCGUUAUCAAACGCGCCCUUCACAAGACAGAUAUUUCGCUAGUUGACGAGUUCCAUCCGCCCACAAUCGACACAUUACAGCGUGUGGUACAACACUUGGGCAGUGCUCGGACGGACAGAUCUCAAGAAGGCUGGGGAAAAUUUAAAGCCAACGCGUUGGCAUUUGCUGAGAGUCUGAAUGGACACAAGGCUUUGUUCAGUAUCUUUCCUAGUGAAAACAUCUACACUAGUCUACUCAGCGGAAUCGUUUCCACCAUCGUAUUGGCUUGUGCGAACCAUAAAAGGGUCGGAGAAGCAUUCACAAGAGGCCUCAAAAGCAUAGGAGACAACCUAGCGUUCCUAUCUCGCAGCAAGAACACUCUCAACACUCCACUUCUUCGAAAGGCCAUCUGUGAUGCCUAUGUCGAGGUUUUCAAAUUCCUCUGUUACAUGAUGCGUUGGCAAACGAGCAGAUGGAACAGAUUGAGUUCGUCCGUGCAGAGCAGCUUUUAUGAUGACCACAUCAAGGCACACAUUGACGAGAUCGAGCAAUUGGCCAAGAAAGUCAACCGCGAAAUCAACCGAGAGACCCUGGAUGGAGUGAGAGACCUACUGGAAAUAGGAAACAAUCUCACCCCAAGCGAAAAGUCGAAGACCGCUGCGGAUAGAUCCCGAAGGCAGGAUGCUUCUGAUCGAACACCUAUCUUCGACCGUGCUUCAAAAGCAUUCUCGCAGCUUGGUUACAAUGUAACUUACUGCCUCACUGCGACAGAGGAGCAACAUGACCAUGAUAUCCUUAUGUUAGCCAUCAGACGAAACGCUCACCCCGAAGUCCCAGUGCCGCAGUCGCAGGAACGACUUGUUGCAAGAAGUCUUGAGGCGCAGACUUCUACCGCUACAUCAGAUCUCAGCAGCGGCGAGGAAGAAAGACACAGCGAGUCAUACAACGCCCUCAAACAUUACGCCCGCGCGGAAAUCGAGGGAUUCACAGUCUCAAUCGAGCCCUAUGUUAAUAAUGGUGUGAAAGAGGCAAUCGAAUUUUCCCAAGACUCCGGGACAUCACUGCCUAGCGAAGUGGUCAGCGACAUCCAAGAGUGGCUCCAGGGUGACAAAUCCGCCUUCCUAUGGGUCGAGGGCCCAGUAUCCCCCUGCGACCUUUCGCCAACCGCCAUUCGUGUGCUGGCUGUCCUGGACAAGGUAGGUAUACCAUGCAUCUCGUUCUUCGACCAGGAAAAGUAUCACAACCCGCACAGGCUUGACUUCAAGGAAUCUGGUGUUAUAUGCCUCCUGUAUGCGUUGAUCAACCAGAGCAUACUUCAGAUGGAAUCUGUGAUUGAGACCGCGGAGACGCUAGACGACGCAUACUUCGCGAGGCUGGAUGGCUCGUGGGCCAGCACGGCCCCUGCACUGGACACGCUGCGACUUUUGCUGAGCUUCGCACCUCCUAGCAUGGUCAUCGUCAUCCACGGCCUCGAUGCCGUAGAUGGUAGGGCCACCCGGAAGGUCCUGACGCAGCUCAUCGACAUCAUCCGGGAGCAGAGCUCCAGGACUGUGGUGAAAUCUUUGUUCACGACCAACGGUAUGUCACAAUCGCUUGGGGGUGGGAUUUCACGGCGGGAGCGGGUGGACGCCUCGCGCAUGGUUCAGGACCGUCCUAGAAGGUCGCUACCGGGCGCUGGCUCAUUGAGCGACCUGGGCAUCCCCAGCUCGGGAGAUGCGCCGUGUUAG